AGUGGCAUGGGAUGAGUGAGGUGUAGGGAGAGGUCUUUAAGUUUGAAUAUCUGUGUUUGAAAAGAAAAUGAAAGAAUGUAGGCCGUAAGACAGUGAUUUCUAUCUACUCUAACAUUCCUCUUGGUAACCAACUCAUCUGUAAUUGUUAGAUCUCAGUUGGAAAAUUCACUUCCUAUACAGUUGGCCAGUUGUUUUAGUUGCUGUUUUAGUUAAACCACAUGAUUGCAAUUGUUUAAAUGUUUAUUUAUUUUUAUUUUUUUUCACAUCUAUUGAAAAAUAUACUAUAGGGUUUCUUUGCAUAACUUGCGCAGAUAUAGAAAUAAGUUUGGAUAAUUUUAUCAUUUUUCAUGUAUGUCUUAAUUUUUUGGAGGGUUAUCUGCCUUCGUAAUGUUAUGCUCAAUUUAUUGUUGUGCAUUCAAGGAUAUUGAGAAACCUUGGGAAGUUAUUCUGCAUGGAGAAUUGUAGACUUUGUACAACAUUUGACCUGCUACUUUGGAAACUUCAAGGUUGAGUUGAAUGCAGUGAGUGUAAUGACAAGUAAUGUGACAUCUAAAUGUGUUUAGUUUAAUUGUGGUGAGCCUCGUUUUCCCCUGCUUUCUUCUUACCAUAUUAAAACAACUCAUUCUUGCCCUGAUGCAUCCACUUGAUGUCAGAGUCAGACCUUGUGCUCGAGACAAGAAAGAGGUUGCUUUAUGCAUUAAAGAGUUGAACUCACCAAGCUUCCAUCCGUCGAUGAUAUCUCUUUGGGUCACAGACUCUUUUGAGAGGAAGGACGCUGAAAGACAUCGUUUGGCAAAGCUUCUAGUCAACCUUACAAAGACCCAUCAUGGAACUGUGAGUCAAUCUCAGCUCAUCAAAGGGUUUGAAACUGUUCUGUCGACCUUAGAGGAUACCGUGAUUGAUACCCCGAGAGCACCAGAGUUUCGUGGCCUUGUCUUUGCCAAGGUCAUUUUAGAGAAUGUCGUUUCCUUGAAUCAGAUCGGUCAAUUAAUACACGAAGGUGGAGAGGAGCCAGGGCAUCUUCUGGAAGUCGGGCUUGUAGGCAACGUUCUUGGGAACGUCUUGGAGAUUAUCAAGUCAGAGAAGGGAGAUAACGGUUUGAACGAGAUCCGUACGUCCUCCAAUUUGCGGUUGGAAGCCUUUCGUCCCCCAGAUCCUUUCAAAUCAAGGAUUCUAGAGAAAUUUAUUUAGUGAUUAGUGAUGCUCAUUACAAUCGUGCUAGAAGGAAUUCAUGAGUAGUAGGGUUCAAAAACUCAUAAUUAUAUGCCUGCAAUGAAGAACUUUUGUACCGAAACUAUGAUUACAAUAUACAUAAUAUCGUGUAUGUAUUUUAUUAUAUCCCAAAAAAAUGUAACUAUACUGCAAAUUCAUAUGUAUUUGUAAAUUAUUAAGACCUCAAAACUUUGCAUUUUCUUUUUGUAUUUAUUUCAGUGAAGUGUAUUUUUUAUUUUUUUGAAAUUAUUGUGAAUAGAGCCAUUGGUUGAAUGGUUCGGAUGUGUAUUUAGGAUAGGUUAUGAUGAAACAAAUGCUUCCUCCCAUCCUUUCAAUGAAUAUAUUGUGUGUUGCGAGAGAAAAGUAA